AUGGCUUUACAAGACGUUGUUACUAGAGAAUACACCAUCAACUUGCACAAAAGAUUACACGGUGUCAAUUUCAAAAAGAGAGCUCCAAAAGCUGUCAAAGAAAUCAAGAAAUUCGCCACUUUACACAUGGGUACCACUGAUGUUAGAUUAGACCCAAAAUUGAACAUUGCCAUUUGGAAAAGAGGUGUUCAAGGUGUUGAAAACAGAAUGAGAUUAAGAAUUUCCAGAAAAAGAAAUGAUGAAGAAGAUGCUAAAGAAAAAUUAUUUGCUUACGUUGAACCAGUUAUUGUCCCAUCUACUAAAGGUUUACAAACCGUUGUUGUUGAAGAUGAUGAAUAG